CCACCGUAAGCAGAUUACUUUUGCGCUGCCUGUGUCAAAUACGUAGUUCACUUUGCCUCUCCAUCAUGUUUAGGAUGCUGAAACACCACCUUCACCCGGGCAUUUUUCUCUUCUUCAUAUGGCUUUGUCAUCUCAUGGAACAUCAAAAAGUUCAAGCUGGGAACUGCUGGUUGCAGCAGGGGAAGAACGGGAGGUGCCAGGUGCUCUACAUGCCCGGGAUGAGCAGGGAGGAGUGCUGUCGGAGUGGAAGACUGGGGACGUCCUGGACCGAAGAGGACGUCCCCAACAGCACGCUCUUUAGGUGGAUGAUCUUUAACGGCGGAGCCCCCAAUUGCAUACCUUGCAAAGGUGGAGAAACCUGCGAUAAUGUUGACUGUGGUCCUGGAAAAAGGUGCAAGAUGAACAGAAGAAGUAAGCCGCGCUGCGUGUGCGCACCAGACUGCUCCAACAUCACUUGGAAAGGACCGGUCUGUGGCUCAGAUGGAAAGACCUACAAAGACGAAUGCGCACUGCUGAAGGCUAAAUGCAAAGGCCACCCCGACCUGGACGUGCAGUAUCAGGGAAAGUGCAAGAAAACGUGCCGUGAUGUCUUGUGCCCCGGCAGCUCCACAUGCGUCGUGGACCAGACAAAUAACGCGUAUUGUGUGACGUGUAAUCGGAUUUGCCCCGAGGUGACGUCGCCUGAGCAGUACCUGUGUGGAAACGACGGGAUCAUCUAUGCGAGCGCGUGUCACCUGAGAAGAGCUACCUGUCUCCUCGGUAGAUCUAUUGGAGUGGCAUAUGAAGGAAAAUGCAUCAAGGCAAAGUCGUGUGAGGACAUCCAGUGCAGCACGGGGAAAAAGUGUCUGUGGGAUGCUCGGAUGAGCCGGGGCCGCUGCUCGCUGUGUGAUGAGACCUGUCCGGAGAGCAGGACGGAUGAGGCGGUGUGUGCCAGCGACAACACCACAUAUCCCAGUGAAUGUGCCAUGAAGCAAGCUGCUUGUUCUAUGAGGGUGCUUCUGGAAGUCAAGCACUCAGGAUCUUGCAACUCUAUUACAGAAGACCACGAGGAGGAUGAGGAAGAUGAGGACUCAGACUACAUGACCUAUGUCCAUAUAUCUUCUAUACUGGAUGGAUAAGCCCCCAUCACUAGGGGAACAGUCCUAGGGCAAGGAAUCAUGUCCAUACUGUACAUUAUGUGUAUGCUUAUUUAUUUUUUAAAGAAAAAGGAAGUAUACAUAUAGUUCAGUCUGCUAGAUGUUUAUUUAUACUUUUUUUGUGUUUUAUAAUUUAUACAUUUACAAUGUCAGGCUUACUAUCUACCAUGAUAUAUUGUGUUACCACUCAUUUCCCCCUUUUUGUUGUUGUCCCUUUUACUUUCAUUUUUUAUCAUGAAGAAAUAUAUUUGUCCAAAGAGAAGCAGUGUUAUUUAUUUGUCAUGUUACCGUGUAAGUAAAAGUCCUCUACCAGCUGUAAAUUGCGUUCCCCGAGCUGUAAAAAUCUGCUUGUUUCUGUCAAAUCUCUAUCACAGAUGUUUAUGUCACACAUACGUAAAUGCAUGUUUAGGCUGUGUGUUUAUUUAUUGGGAAUAUAUCAAUCAUUUUAUGUACAGAAGUGUUUCUGGUUUGUUUACAACUCAUAAUAACUGACCAAAGGGAUUCUCUCAAUGGUUUUGCAAAAGAGGAUUGUAAAAGUUGCAACACAGCAGUGAUGAAAUGGAAGAGAAAAAAAAAGAGCCAUUUGUUUUUCUUUUCUUAUUUUACGUUACAGUUUUAGCCCUUUGGAUUUGUUUCAACAUGGAGACGACAAACUCUGGACAUUAUUCAAUAGCAUUUAUUUUGUCUCACCACAUUAGAGUAGAGGUAUGUUUUGGACAAUACUUGAUUAUUUUGGAAACAAUGUGCCAUUAACAUUUGUGUGCUGUCUUCUUGCCAACAUGCUCCAUAUUGCUCUUGCAGAGCUAAAAUAGGACUAAUGUACUGCAGUACUCAACACUAUAUCAGACUUCAUCACUUUGUUUCUUUUUGUUCUUCUCAGAAUGCAUUUUUAUUUUCAAACA